UUGUGUCCUGCUCAGUCCACACUUCAUGCCAACAGCGAAGAGAGGAGGAAGGGAGAAAGGGGGCGGCUUCGUUUCAGGUAAUAAAAAAACAUUCCCACGAGGUUUGCGGAUUGACGUCAGCGUCGGACGUACACGUAAAUCUCCUCCCGCUCUGCAUCAGCUGGGUUUAGACGGGCUCACGAAGGCUUCCGCGUCACAUAAUUUUAUUCCAGUCCGGUUGUCAAGACACUCUAGCUGAGAAGGAAGCCCGGGGACAGUAGUAACCAGAUUUGUAGGCGGCGAGGGGAACGUCUGCAGGUUUUAAUGGCCGAUAAGGAGAUCAGCUUGCCAGCCAAACUCAUCAACGGAGCAGUAGCGGGGAUUGUGGGAGUGUCCUGUGUUUUCCCUAUUGAUUUGGUCAAGACCAGACUACAGAACCAAGAAAGCAAAGAUGGACAGAAGAUGUAUAAGAAUAUGCGGGACUGUUUUGUCAAGACAUUCCGGAAGGAGGGAUUCCGUGGCAUGUACAAAGGGUCGGGGGUUAAUCUGGUGCUGAUCACGCCGGAGAAAGCCAUCAAACUCACUGCCAAUGAUACCUUCAGGUUCUACCUGCGAACAGACAAAGGCCAGCUCCCGCUGUACCGGGAGAUGUUGGCAGGGGGCGGUGCUGGACUGUGUCAGAUGAUCAUCACCUCCCCCAUGGAGAUGCUCAAAAUCACGCUGCAGGAUGCCGGCAGAAUAAGUACGACAGGUCAAGGUCCUCAAUUGUCUUCUGCAGGGGGAAUCUCCGCGGCGCCCAGCCGUGCCUUUAGCGCCGUUGCCAUGGCGGCCACGCCCCAGCGGAUGUCGGCACUGAGAAUAGCGUACGACCUGUUCAGGACCAAAGGUUUAUCCGGGGUGUACAGAGGAGCAGGGGCCACACUUCUCAGAGACAUUCCAUUCUCCAUGAUCUACUUUCCACUGUUCGCCCACCUCAACCACCUGGGGAAGCCAGAGGGGGCGGCCACCUCACCCUUCUACUGGUCAUUCUCCUCUGGCUGUGUGGCCGGGUGUAUGGCCUCCGUACUGGUCAACCCGAUGGACGUUGUGAAGACGAGAAUCCAAGUCCUGAAGAGAGCUCAGGGUGAGCAAACCUACAACGGCGUCGUGGACUGUGCCAAGAAAAUCUGGGUGGCGGAGGGACCGUCCGCGUUCAUGAAGGGAGCGUGGUGCCGCGUUCUCGUGAUUGCGCCGCUCUUCGGUAUCGCUCAGAUGGUGUACUACUUCGGAGUGGGCGAAUAUAUUCUGGGUAUCGAUAGUCAGUACUACUAGUAUGUACAGUAUGUACAAAUGAAUUAUAGUGGUACAUGGAUAUUUCUGUGUAUGGGAAAUUCACAUUGGUGGCACCAUGAACAUAUAGGUUGAUGUGUAACCGACUAAUUGAAGGAAUAUGAUGUUGUUCUCACUGAAGUGACUUCUGAACAUAGGUGGAAAAAAAUGGAAAAAAUUCUAUAUAUGUAAUAUGUCUGUAGACGAAGAAAUAUAUAUAUUCUGUACAUAACAAGUAUUGUGGGUAAAAAAAAGUUGUUAUUAACACAUGGUCAUCACAUUUUGUUGCAGUAGAUAAGAUGACAAGGUGAAUCAGUUAAGUUGUCAAAUGCUCAGAAUUGUGAAGUUAUGAUUUGAUGGUGGAUUAUAUUUAUUUCAAAACAAUAUUGAAGGAUUUUGUGAACAUUUGUUUUUCUUCUUGCUUUUUUGGAAAAGGAGCUUUUUCUUUAGUAGAAGUUAUAUUUGUGCCAAGACAAAAAUUCUAGCAAACAGGGUACUUCCUUCUUACAAAAGACACAGAAACUACUUUUCCAAAAAAGAAAAUAUUUUUAGAUUGAAAGACGUACCACAGUAGAUUGCUCUUUCACUGCCCUCCUCACAGUAUCCAUUAUAAAUUAUUUAAGUGAAUUGUACAUUUUCGUAAUGUAUCGUCAAAUUGUACCACCAUUAAGUGCUUUCAUAAUCGGCAUAUCUGCAAUUCUAUUUACAGGCACAUUGCAAAAGAUAGAGAGAAUUCCAUGGCCUCAUUUGGUGCUUGUUAAGCAAAUGUGUUUGUGAAAAUAUUGAUGUACCAUUGACCAAAUUAGAUGUUAUAUAUCAUGUAUACUAUAAUACCAGAUGCACUACGCAGGGUAGUUUGAAGUUAAGUGUUGAAAAGUGGCCUGAGUAAUUGUAACUUCUAAGGCCACACCAAUUUAAUUUUUUGGUUAACGGAUUUUUCUAGAAAAAUAAUGGAGCGGGCGGGC